CUUUCUCAGCUCGCGAACUGGAUCGGAUUGGGACGCGGAUAGGAUCGGGCACCGGACGGUUUUAGAUUCGAUUAAUAACACACCGUCAUGGACAAUACCGUGACCGGCCUGACCACGGUCAGACAUGAUCAAGUGCCAUUCCUAGAAUACCCUUCGCCAAACCAGGACGAUCUAACUCGCCGGCAAUACUUGAUUUAUCUGAUUCCCGGUAAUCCCGGACUUGUGGCUUACUACGAACCGUUCUUGAAGACCUUGCGGCAACUGCUUGACGAGCGGGAGAAAGAGGCAGGGUGCCAUUAUGCGUUCCAUAUCUACGGGCGCAAUCUAUUAGGCUUUGACGAUGGGGAUCACGAGCCCCGUUUUGGAACGACCACGGCCUCGGGCGCCAGGACGGAGCCUUUCACCUUGGAGGACCAGAUCCGCGGCGUUUGCGGUAGCGUCCAGGCGGUGAACAAUGACACCUUGGGCGACGGGCGGACCUUCGACCAGGUAAUCCUCAUCGGCCACUCUGUUGGUGCCUACAUAGCGCUCGAGGCCUUCCACCGGCACCACCAAGCUCGGCUCGAGACGGCCGGCGCUUCCGACCCCCUCGCCAGCGUCAACCUCAGAUCAGGCAUUCUCCUCUUCCCCACCGUGUCGCACAUCGCCCAGUCCAGCAGCGGGCAGAAGCUCAACCUCCUGCGCACCACCCCGCUUCUGGACCGGACUGCCCACCAUGUCGCCAAGGGCUUCGUCAGCCUAUGGCCCGUCUGGAUCCUAGACGCCAUCGUCCGCCGGGUCAUGGGUUUCCCCGAGCACGCCGUUGCCGCCACGCUGCGUUUCCUGACCAGCGCGGACGGCAUCUGGCAGGCGCUGCAUAUGGGCAAGGACGAGAUGCGGUGUAUUACGGAGGAGAAAUGGGGAGAGGAGUUAUGGGAGAUCCAGGAGGCCGACGCCGACGCCGACGCCGAGGCAGAUGCUGGAAAGGGUUGCGGUAACGGGGAAGCAAAGCCGGGGUUAGGCCGCGCAAAGUUCUUUUUUUAUUUUGCGGAAAAGGACCAUUGGGUCGCCGAUGAGUGCAGGGAUGAGUUCAUUGAGCGACGAAAGCGACAUGGGAAGGGGCGGACGAGAGUCGUCAUUGACGAAACGGGGAUCCUGCAUGCUUUCUGCAUCCACCACAGCGAGUCGGUAGCGGAGAAGGUCAAGGCCUGGGUGGAAGACAUCGCUGGCCUCUGACGACGGAGGGCGCCUGGCAUUAACGUUCCUGGGACUCGAGCCAUCUGAUUACGGGGUUCACCAUCGAGCGUUGUCGUUCGGAUGGCAAGAAUGGACCUGCCUUGUCGACGGAGGUACUCCGUGCGGAUACAUGCCUAGACUUAUAAAUCAAGUACGCAACGCUGGCCCCGCCGUCCCAAGCGUUCUACUGCCGAAUCUGCUAGCAGCUACCUGAAGGAAAUUAUACGAUCGGCCCAAUC